AUGGCUCCCUGUACCCGUUGUGAAAAGUCCGUUGAUUUCGAAGGUCGUCCCCGCCGUUGCGUUGCAAUCCCCGACUCGAAGUACAAUCGAUGCGCCGAGUGUUCUAGACAAGGCAAGCCUUGUGACUAUCGUGAGAGGAAUCAGAUGCCGACCCUUUCCGACUGGGCUUCCAUUGAGAAGCAAAAGGAGCGCUUCGAGGAGGAGGAGGAGCGGGCCGCGGCCCAGGCCCAGGAGGCCAUGGCGAGGGUCGCCCGCAUUCGCAAACAGAAAAGGCUUCUUCUCGCUCGCGAGAAGAAGAUGAUUCUCGCGGGUCUUAACUCCCUUGACGAGCUAGACGCCGCUGAA